CACUGGCGAGUGCAAGAAAGACGAACGGGUGCACCGCGUAUCGCUCAAUUUUAAUAAAUUAAAUUAAUUCUUGCUCCAAGCAUGUGUGCGUUCGGUAACAAAGUAAAUAUAAUUUACUGUGCUUGCAAAAACGAAACCAGCUCCAAUUGAGCGAAGGAAAUAAUUUAAGUGCGUUGCGGGUUUAAGAAUUGCGUUGUUGUGCGUUGUCUUUGUUGUUUUUAUUGUUCGUGUUGUCGGGUUGUCUUCACCAAAAUGUUUUGUGUUAUUCAAAGCGGUAACAGAUAAAUUGCUAAACACUCUUAACUGCAAAAGAGUGUCAAAAUAACGAAUUUCGCGAAACGAAAACGAGUUUUUGUGAAUGUUGAAAAAUCCAAACAAUACGCGAGUAUAUGUUUGAUCAUAUGUACAUACGUAUAAACUGUUUUGUAAGCAUUUAAAAAUACCCUCAAAAAGUGUUUUACGUCCAAAUCUAUGGCCACGAAUUGUGAAAUUUCGUCAACGUGUAAAUUGAGUGGAAUGCAGGGAUUGAUUUAAUGUUGAGUGCAUUCUUCGGCGUUUGUUUUGAGUGAGAACAUAACCAGUUUUCAAACCACUUGUAAAGUUGUUCCCUUUGGAUUAAUCGCAGCUUGAUUCAUCCCUCAGUGCGAACUGGCUGUGAUUAUCAGUUCAAUGUGAGCCGCCAGUGCAGCUGAAUUAUUAAAACGAACACAAUUUAGGAUCUGCAAAACACUGCCAUUAUGUUGCGACUGAUCCUCAUGGCCUGCCUGGCCCAGUUGGCCUUGGCGCAGGCGGAGCUUAAGGACUUGGAUGGACCCAAUGUCUGUAAAAGGAGAGAAAACUAUCCCGUGGAAGUUGUCUUCACGGAACUGCAAUCGUACCAAGUACGCGGAUCCAGGUGGUGCAUGACCGUCCCGCCACGUUGCUCCACUUACCACCUCAAGGAGCGAGUGGUCAACAAGACGCAGACGAUCAUGAAAACCCGGAUUGUAAGGGAUUGUUGUGAUGGCUACAUCGAGAGCGGAGGAGUGUGUGUGCCGCACUGCUCGGAACCCUGUCAGCACGGAAGAUGCGUUUCCCCGGAGAAGUGCAAGUGCGACCAUGGCUACGGAGGACCGGCCUGUGAUAUAAAUUGCCCGCCCGGCUGGUACGGCCGCCACUGCUCGAUGCAGUGCGACUGCCUCAACAACGCGGUCUGCGAACCCUUCUCCGGCGAGUGCGAGUGCGCCAAGGGCUACGCCGGCGCCCGCUGUGCGGAGGUCUGUCCGAAGGGCUUCUUCGGGGCCAGCUGCUCGGAGAAGUGCCGCUGCGAGAACGGCGGAGAGUGCCACCACGUGUCCGGCGAGUGCCAGUGUGCGCCCGGUUUUACGGGUCCUCUAUGCGACAUGCGCUGUCCGGACGGCAAGCACGGCGCCCAGUGCCAGCAGGACUGCCCGUGCCAGAACGACGGCAAGUGCCAGCCGGAGAGCGGCGCCUGCAUGUGCAACCCCGGCUGGACGGGCAACGUGUGCGCCAACAAGUGCCCGGUCGGGAGCUUCGGAGCCGGCUGCCAGGAGAGCUGCGAGUGCUACAAGGGAGCGCCCUGCCACCACAUCACCGGCAAGUGCGAGUGCCCGCCGGGCUACCUGGGCGAGCGCUGCUUCGACGAGUGCCCGCUGAACACCUACGGACUGAACUGCAGCAAGACCUGCAACUGCGAGAACGACGCCACCUGUGACCGGGCGAACGGAACCUGCAUCUGCAAUCCCGGCUGGCAGGGCGAGAGGUGCGAGGAGCGGAUCUGCGCGCCGGACAAGUUCGGGCUGGACUGCAACAGCACCUGCGAGUGCGACAUGGAGCACACGAAACUGUGCCACCCGGAGACGGGCAAGUGCCAGUGCAGCAUCGGCUGGAGCAGCGCCCAGUGCACCAGGCCCUGCACCUACCUGCGCUACGGCCUCAACUGCGAGCAGACCUGCAACUGCAAGAACGGCGCCAAGUGCUCGCCGGUGGACGGGACGUGCCAGUGCGCGCCCGGCUGGCGGGGAGCCACCUGCGAGGAGAGCUGUGCCCCCGGCACCUUCGGCCAGGACUGCGCCCUGCGCUGCGACUGCCAGAACGGAGCCAGAUGCGAGCCGGAGACGGGCCAGUGCCUGUGCACGGCCGGCUGGAAGAACAUCAAGUGCGACCGGCCCUGCGACAUCAACCACUUCGGGCAGGACUGCGCCAAGGUGUGCGACUGUCAGAACAACGCCGCCUGCAAUCCGCAGAACGGCACCUGCACCUGCUCCGCCGGCUGGACGGGCGAGCGCUGCGACCGGAAGUGCGAAAUGGGCAGGUUCGGGCACGAGUGCGCCCAGAAGUGCCAGUGCGACUUCAACAACAUCCUGGCCUGCGAUCCCACCAACGGACGAUGCGUGUGCAAACAGGACUGGGGAGGCGUUCAUUGCGAGACCAACUGUCGGAGCGGUUACUAUGGUGAAAAUUGUGAUAAAGUUUGCAGAUGCCUGAACAACUCGUCCUGCGAUCCGGACUCCGGGAACUGCAUCUGCUCGCCCGGCUGGACGGGAGUGGAUUGUGCGGAGCCCUGUCCUCCGGGAUUCUAUGGCAUGGAGUGCAAGGAGCGCUGCCCGGAGAUCCUGCAUGGAAACAAAAGCUGCGACCACAUAACUGGCGAGAUCCUCUGCCGCACUGGUUACCUGGGACUCACCUGCGAGCACCCGUGUCCAGCGGGACUCUACGGACCCGGCUGUAAGCUCAAGUGCAACUGCGAGCACGGCGGCGAGUGCAACCACGUGAGCGGCCAGUGCCAGUGCCUGCCGGGAUGGACGGGCGCCAAUUGCAACGAGUCCUGCCCCACGGACACCUAUGGCCAGGGAUGCGCCCAGCGGUGCCGCUGUCUGCACCACAAGGUGUGCCGCAAGAACGACGGCAUGUGCAUCUGCGAGACGGGCUGGACGGGCACCCGGUGCGACGAGGUCUGUCCGGAGGGCUUCUACGGCGAGCACUGCAUGAACGCCUGCGCCUGUCCCUCGGCCAACUUCCAGUGCCACGCGGCCCACGGUUGCGUGUGCAGGAGUGGCUACACAGGCGUCAACUGCGACGAGCUCAUCGCCUCACAGCGAGUGGCGGACCAAAGCGAAGAUUCGAGUCGCGCCAGCGUGGCAUUGGCUCUGGUGCUGAUGGUCCUGUUCGCCUGCAUCAUCUUUGCGGUGUUCUUCUACUACCGUCGUCGCGUGUCCAACCUGAAAACGGAGAUUGCCCAUGUGCACUACACCCACGAUACGAACACCAAUGGCUGGCCGCCAGGUAACCACAACUUCGACAAUCCCGUCUACGGAAUGCCCGACACGCGCCUCCUGCCCAACAAUAUGCCCAACAAUAAGCCCAACAAUAUGCGCUCCAAGAUGAACAACUUCGAUCAGAGGAGCACUUUGAGCACGGAGUACGCAGGCGAUGACUCCAAUGCCAGUGGCAGGGUAGGCAGCUACACGAUCAACUACAACCACGACUUGCUAACGAAGAACUUGAAUGCGGAUCUCACCAACCCUAAUGUGUACAAUGACUCCUUGAAGGAGGAGCAUGUCUACGAUGAGAUCAAACACAAGGAGGGCUACAAGGAUCCUGUGAAAAUAUAUAGCAAGAUUUUGUUUCCCGAGGAUGAAUACGAUCACCUCGACUACUCGCGUCCCAGCACCUCGCAGAAGCCCCACUACCACCGCAUGAACGACACCAUGCUCAACAUCAACCAGAACGAGGAGAAGCCCAGCAACCUGAAGAACAUGACCGUGCUGCUGGACAAGCCCGCACCACCAACGGAGCCGGAACCGCAGCACGAGAGCCUGGACAACACCAAUCUGGACAAUGUGUCGACGGCGUCGCCCAGCUCCAGUCCGGAGUUCCGCAAGUAGGCAGCCGAAAUAGUCACCGAGACCGCUGUUUACAAUCUAAGUGGUCAUAAUUAUUAGUUUUAACGUAUUAGUUUAAUUACUGUCCUAGAAGAUUAGUUGUGUACGUAACUCAGUGUAGCAUUUCUCUUGUAUUCGAUUUGUAAUUGUGUUUAUGUGUUUUUGUAUCUGCUCAACCAAUUGUAAAUUAUUCUUUAGGGGCCCUUUACAACCCGGCGAUGGUCUCCACUUUUGUAAAUUCCUACUUCACUUGCUCUAAAUUUUACUAAUUUGAUCAUUUGAUCUUUCAUCAACGCAACUAACACCCUAAGUGGAACAUGUUAAAUUAAGUACCUAUACACCUCUUCCUGUUGAAAUUGUGGAGUGACUCAAAGAGAAACUCGUGCGGAUCGAAGGUUGCAAUAAUUUUAAAUCGAACCCAUGCAUAUACGGAUUGAUAUCAGUAGCAUAAGCAUAUGGUAUUUAUAUUUUUAAUAAGCAACUUAUUUUUAGAGUGCAUAAACAAUACAAUAAAAGAGAUCAUAAACAGCAUCGAUAACCUAUUUUGAAUACUAAGAAAUGUUCGUCAAGUAAUUGUUAACAAAAUUGUACGCUGAUGUCCUUUAAGAAGGAAACGAUUGGCCAAAGGAGUAUUAAACUCUAAUAGAUUUUAAAUAAAAUUUAUAAAAGUAGCUAAAAUAUUGGAAUAUUACGAUUGUGUCAACCCAUUUGUAACUUUUAACCUGUAGCCUAAAAAGCGUUUAAACCGAAAUACCAUGAUUUGUUAUGUAUUUUAUUCA